AUGGCCGCUGUCGCGCCCGCCACCUCGCUCCUCAACUCCUACGCGAGUCCACCCAACGCCGAUGCCAGCAUGUCCAACACCCGCAAGAUCUUCGGCCGCUCUCGCAAGCAUGCACAACCGAGCAACACCCAGCUCAAUACGGCCUCCUACGAUAUGACCGACGAAAAGGUGUUUAGCAGCCACGACUCCAAUCUCUCCACCUCGGCGCUCAGCUCCGCCAGCACCGCGUCGCGCACCUCGCGCUUCUUUCGUCGAUUCGCACGUCGUAAACCCCCGCCGGUGCCGUCGCUCCCGCCUGCGCUCGUGCUCGAUCUCGACGCAGGCACCGCCGCACCGCGCGCUUCGGACACCGCAAACCCCAUCGUCACGCGCCGUUCCGACGCAGCAGGCCAGCCUAGCGCCGCCGCAGCCAUCAUCGCCGAGUCCAACGCAGCCUAUGCUGCGGCCGAGACGCGGCCCAAGCCAAAGGGUCUGCAGCGCAAACGCAUGCUCGACGCCAUGGCCAACGCCAGGCUCGACGUUCACAACGCCCGGGAUCUCGUGCGCAUGUGUGGCGUCCACAUCCGCGAGCGCGGUCUCGACACCCCGGGCCUCUUUAGGCCGUUUCGCAUCGCCGAAUCGCACGACCAGCUGCUCCACAUGAUCCAGCUCUUCCUCCUCUCCGUCGACCCGUCCACCUACAUGGCUGUCUUUCCCAUCCUCCCCGACAACGCCCUCGAUAGUUUCGGUCGCAACGCCCCCGCACCCGCCGCGGACCACCACGCCAAGGCGAGCGUGGCGCGCGACGAGCUCGACAAGGAGCUGCGCUACGCUGCGCCACACGACGUCGUCGCCGUCAUGAAGUGGGGACUGCGACAUUUGCGGUUGCGCUGCGCGGACUUUGACUCCAAGGACGCCGACGAGUGGUACGAGGUCUUUGCGGCUGCCGAGCGCGCAGCUGCGUACCCGGCACGCGCAAUUGCCGACCUGCUCCAUCCCAAGCUGCCCAUCGCCACCGCAGAGCUGCUCAGCGAGACGCUCGACCUCAUGGCGUCCGUAGCCGCCCACUCGAGCACCAACCACAUGCCUGCCGCUCAGAUCUGCAAGGUGCUUGGGUUCUGGCUCUUUGGCCGCAUCGGCGUCGCGCAUCCGCCACCCACCGUUGACGAGCUUGUCGACGCCGUGAAUCGCGCCGCGGGCGUCGCGGAGCAUCUGCUGCUUGCGCACAUUCGCUCCCAGGCCGCCGUCACUUUCUCCAUGCCGCUCAGGCUGACCGAGCUCGUGCAGAGCUAUCCGCACGUGCGCCCGGGCGCGCAGUGUCCUUCGCUGCCAGCGGUGUUUGCGGCGCGCGCCGUGCCCACGCUGCGCAUCGACCUACGAUCGGACAACAUGGUGGUGUCGCAGUCCAAGCCGCGCACGCCUUCGGCUACGCUCGCAGACGCGCUCGAUGCACAGGCGGCCUAUACGAUCCAGGGCGAGCACGGAGAGCUGUGGGCAGCGGUCAUGAUGCAGCUCGACCACCAGGACGCCAGCACCAAUGCGAGCCGGCUGCUCAUCGAUGAGCAUGUGCGCAUCCUAGGUCUGGUGGACAAGGAGCUGGCCGUGGGCGAGGAGGAUACUAAUGCGAGCCUUGCGAGUGCUGCUGCCGCAGCAGCCACACCGCACGCCGUCCUGGCCGACGAUAAGAAAGUCGAAGCCCAGAUUAAGGCGGCCCGGAGGCGGUCGCAGUCGCUGUCGGAUCUGCGCACCAACCUGGGCAUGGUGGGGGUGGCGCAGCUGGCGCCGCUGCCUGAGAACGUGCCGCGCAGCAGCACGGGUACUGCGACGCCACGCACUUCGGACGUCAAACUGGGCACGCCGCGCCGCAAGCCCGUGCCGCUGGUGGAUACCAAGUUGCUGCAAGAGGCCGAGGCGGUCGAGGUGGUUGCCGACAACGCUGCGCCAGGCGCACGUGUGAGCGACGAGGUGUUCAGUGGCGGGCUCGAGCCGUCUGCUUCGUGGCGCUCGUUUUCCGAGGAAGGGUUCGGUGGGAUGAGUACGGCGUCGUCGGAGCUCUCGCUGUCCGAAUUUGAUCUCCGCCCAGUGUCGGCGACGCUUCCCUCGCGACGAAGCCAGCGCGGGCUGCAUCGCGUGCGCUCUUCGGCAUCCGGUGGAUCCCGACGGCGCACGGUGCUUCCACCCGUCGAGCUGGCACGCGCGCAGGUGCAGGCGCGGCAUACCGUCACGGCGGCUAGGAUGGUGGAGCACGAUACGGCGCUGGCGAUUGUAUGGCAGGACCAGCUGCUGGAUGCAUCGCCCUGCUGCUCGUUGCCCGCCAUGCUGUUUGUGCAGCUGAACAAGGCGACGGGCGCGGCGGUGGCAGCGGUGCAGGAUGCGAAUGAAGCUGACGUGCCGAGGUAUCCGGGCGAUACGCCGUGGCUGUUGGUGGUCGAGACGAUCAUUCCGCCAAGACCGCCUACACCGCCCGCGGUGGAGAAGACAGGCUGGCGGUUGGACGAUGCAGCUUCGACUAGCGAUCGCAGGAGCAUCUUAGCGCCCAGCAUGCGCAGUGUCAAGAUGCGUCUGCGUCGCGUCAGCACCAUCAUCGGUAACGGCGUCGCGGGCACGCGCAAGAAACACAUCGACACCGCAUAA